UUUUCUCUUAGGAGGAGCUACAACACACCAAGAAAACAUGCACACCGCGCUGUGGGCUUCUAAGAUCCCCCGAGUGGAUUUGUCUUUGGACGCUUGAAUAUGACUUCCCAAACUUUAAAUUGAGAUUUCUAUCAUUUUCAGUCGGAGAACAUCUUUGCUGAAGCUCUCGGUUCCGUCUGCAAUAUUUUAAGAAGUGCACAGUCAACUCACAUCCAGCUACCUUGUUGCAGGGUGAGGAAAGAGCCAUGAUCCAGAGAGAGCAACACGGAUACUCCUGCCUCCUCUCCUUCCUGCUGAUGGCUGGUCUGCCAUUGUUGGGGGCUGAGUAUUCCAGCUGUGGGGAGAAUGAGUUUUAUAACCAGACCAGCGGGAGCUGCCAGGCGUGCCCACCGUGCCAACCAGGCCAGGAGCCCUACAUGAACUGCGGCUACGGAACCAAAGACGAAGACUAUGACUGCGUGCCAUGCCCGGCAGGGAAGUUCUCCAAGGGGAAGUAUGAGAUUUGCCGGCGACACAAGGACUGUGACUCCCUGUACCGUGCCACCGUGCUGACACCAGGGACGCCGGAGAGUGACGCAGAGUGUGGUCCCUGCCUUCCAGGAUACUACAUCCUGGAGAACCGGCCACAGAACAUCUACGGGAUGGUGUGUCACUCCUGCCAGAAUGCUCCCAGGAACACCAAAGAGUGCAUGCGCACUACAGCUGUGUCAUCAGGACGUGUCACCAGUGUCUCUUCCACAACCACCACUAUCUUCCCACAGCCACACAAAGAUCCAUCUGGACAGGGCCACUUGGCAACAGCACUCAUCAUCGCCAUGUCAACCAUCUUCAUCAUGUCAAUCGCCAUAGUGCUCAUCAUCAUGUUCUACAUUCUAAAAGCUAAGCCAAAUGGUCAAGCCUGCUGCUCUGGCCAGGUGGUGAAGGCAGUGGAAGCACAGACUAACAAGCAGGAGGACAAGAAAGAUGUUCAGGAACAUGUGGUCAUCUUCACAGAAAAGGAUGAAUUCGACAAACUCAAGCCCCCUCCACCAAAGGCUGCGAAAAGUGAGAAUGACGCUUCGUCGGAGAACGAGCAGCUACUGAGCCGCAGCAUCGACAGUGACGAGGAGGCGGCCCUGGAGAAGCAGGGGGCCACAGACCUAUGCCUGCUCUCUUUGGUCCACCUGACCAGGGACAAAACCUGCUCCUCCACCAAUAACAACAACAGCAGCAAAUGCAGUGUGAUUCAAAGUCGAAGGAAAAAGAUCUUGGAUCUGUACACAAGAGCCUGCAGUGUGGCAGAGGGCCUGAGCCCCACGGAGCUGCCCUUCGACUGCCUGGAGAAGACCAGCCGCAUGCUGAGCGCCACCUACAGCACGGACAAGGCGGUGGUGAAGACGUGGCGGCACCUGGCCGAGGGCUUCGGCCUGAAGCGGGACGAGAUCGGCGGCAUGACGGACGGCAUGCAGCUGUUCGACCGCAUCAGCACAGCUGGCUACAGCAUCCCCGACCUGCUCACCAAGCUGGUGCAGAUCGAGCGCCUGGACGCCGUCGAGUCGCUGUGCGCCGACAUCCUGGGCGGGGCCGAAGGAGCCCCGCCCAUCAGCCCCGCCCUCUCCUCUCGUUGUGCCAGCAUAUGAGCCCGGCCCCCAUCCCCUAAAGCGCCCACACCGCUCCGUUCCACAUGAAGAAUUUGCUCUGUCGCCCCCUGGCUGUUGCGCUGGGAUAAGCAGGGACAGCGCAGCACACAGAGCCCUGUCUUUUUCUCCUCCCAUUUCUCUCUCCCUCCUGUCCUUCCUGUCUCUGUCUGCUCUUCUCCCCUCUGCUAUGACACAGUCACGCCAUUCUUCUGUCCUGCUGGGUGGAACCAGGCUUCCAGAUGGACACCAGGCUUUUUCCCUUCAGUCUGGUUUUGGAAAAGAGGGUGGCAGAAAAAUGAAGCGCUGGACGCUCCAAGAAAGACCUUUUCCCCUUUGACCCUUUUUUUGUUCUUUGCACUUUUCACAGCAAGUGCUCUUCAGGCACAGAUUUUACAAAUCAAUACUAUUAAGUGACUCAAGCAAGGACUAGCACACGUGGUUCUAAUACAAGUGUGAGAUAAUCCCUGUUCUUCCUCUUGUCGUACCCUGAACCCAAUUCCUGCCCAAAUGACUACAAAAAUCGAAAGCCAUCUGUUGGCUGAAGAACGCGGAGUCUUGUGCAAUUCCAGUGAUCCACAACAGAUCCUCUUGUCAGUCCAAAGACACUGCUAGGUCCUGCAAGCCUAACCUUGUGCUAUUAAACCAGUGGACUACGCCAUACACGGCAACCUCUUGUUUUGGAGUCAUUAAAGCCAUUUUCCGGGACUACGUAAGGCCAUCGGUAUUAAGCUUUCAAACUGACAGAUUCAAAUAUGUCAAAUGGAGUCUCCCCCCCUCCCCCCCCCCCCAACAUAAAGUCAACGCUUGGACCCCCUGCAGUUUGUGGUUGCAGCCUGUUUUAAUUGGCCGAAAUGCGGCGGAUUACAGUUGUGGUGGAAAAUAACAAUUAAGCCAAUAAAGCCAAAAUAGAGAAGCCAUAAACAUAGCCAAUAUAAACACACACGUGGCUGGCUGACUGCUUAACUGCAAGCUGAAUGUCUAAAGAAAGCUAACUUGUUUUGACUGGGACAAUCGCUGCCUCAUCUAUUAAAUAAACGAGUCACCAAAUGACACGCUCAUUUUGUCUGCAUUUCGCGGCCACUUGUGGAUUAUGUGACCGUAGACUUCACAUGACAAGUACUUACUAUACUCUUUGCUGGAAGUACUGUUCCAUUACUAGCUAUAGCUGUUCUGUGAUUUUGUAGUGUUAUCACCUUUAACUUUUUUCAAAGGCAAUCCAGUUUUUGAUCUUUUGUUAAUGUUUUGCUUUUUUGAGAGAUCCUCUACCAUAUAUUACAAUUCUUCAGUCACAUUUUUGUGCUCUAGAAAAUGUGAGGAAGUCUAUAAGUUUAACAUUUCAAGGGCAUUGCCGUGGAAAUGCAUUUAGCAUCAGUAAGUUUUAGCUUGAGCUUAUUUAGACAGGAGCUUUAGUUUCUCUACAAGGCCAAAGACACCAGGAUUACAUUAUAAACAGGAGCAGGACUCUGGCUGUGUAAAUGAAUUAAUCUGCAUGUGUUGUGUGUCUCAUUGAAUAUCUAUUCCUCAAAUUUAAGUUCUUUGUGCUCGGACAAACAGGACUCAACUUCAACAGAAGUUUGCAUUAUUGUCUUAUACAUAAUACUGAAGAUCAAGUCUUUGGAGUGCAAAUCAUGUGUACAAAAUGGCUGCAUUUACCUCAUCCUCAUACCGUGUGAUAGAAUAGUGUUAAAUAAAGACAGAAGCAAAAUGCCAAUGGAAAAUGUAAGUGUAUAUAUAACUUAUUGCUGUACAUACAUACCAAUAAAAAUAUUU